AUGAAAGAGAUCUACACAGGGCUACGUGCUUACCAAGCACGUAUAUUACAACCGGGAUUAUGGGUACCUGCACAAAGGCGUAAUUCCAUGUUUACGCCCGUGGCCCUAGUGGUCACCUGUGGGGUGAUUGGGAUAUACGGAUCACGGAGCGCUCGGAUCGUCGAUCGUAUAUUACCAAAAAAUAGGGAAUUUAAUAAUAAGCACCCGGAAAUCGUGGACACCGGUGCAGACAUUACGCGCGCCAGGUAAGUAAAAUAAAAGAAAGAUGCCAAACGCAAAAAGUAGGAAAUUCGUGACGGAAAUUAUACAUUUAGUAUUCAAAAAAUAUACAUAUAUAUAACUAGAAAAUAACUGGUAAUUACUAAACUGAGGAAAUAACAAAUUUAGCGUUGCAUAUAGAUCUAAAUUAAGUAACUUUAAUACUUUAUUUAUCCUACCUUCUAAAUUUCCAUUUAAAACAAUUGUACAACCCCUCAGUAGUAUCGACUCUUUUUUUUUUUUUAUUUGAUACGAAUACAAGGUAAAUAAACUUUAUUUUUUAAGCAUCUUUAAAAAUAACUAAAUUCAGUCAACUAUAAGACUAUAUUAUCUUGUGUAUCUAUGAUUUUCGAGUUAAAAAAUAACUGAUAUUGUGGAUGGAUGAGUGGAACUGUUCUGGGAAAUUGGAAAGGUGUGAUACAAUAAACCAUUGAAAAUGAAAAGCGAUUCUAAACGAAAUUUGGUUGAUAGUUUUGCUUUGUCAACAACAUAUGUGUUAUAAUAUGGUAAAAUAAUUACAUAAAAUGCAUUAUGUAUUUUCUUUAAUAAUAUUUGUUUAAUAUUGUACCUAUUUUCCCGUUUUUCCUACAUGUUUCACAUUUAUUUGUAAAACUCCUGAAAAAAUCAAAAAAUGGUCUCUCUAAAGUAGUUAAAUAGUCCGAUUUUCCUCCAGAAAUAGAGAUAUCAUUGAAAAUCGGAGCAAAAUUGCUAAAUUGGUAGAAUAGUAAAUUGUCCACAGGAAAAUAAUAAUAAAAAAAUAAACAUCAUGAAUUGUAAAACCAAUACAUUCCUCGCUCCGCUCAGAAUCUAAAACAUAUUAAAUUGAUAAAUGUUUUGAAAUAUUUUACUACGUUUAGAAAAGUCUUAUACAACAAUUCAAUAAAAAUCUCACAAACAUUUAUUUACGAUUAAUUAACCAAAACACAAUAAUGAAAAUAAUUAAACUGUUAAUCCCGUUUUCUCUGUUUUCUUUUGUUUUUUUCUGAUUUUUCUCAAUUAUUAUAAAAAAUUCUUUGAAAAUCAAAAAAUUACCUCCUCAAUAAACUUAUUAAAUCUAAAAUGUGACAAAAAGGUAUCUGGUAAUUUUUUGAUUGGUACACUAUUUCUGGUAGAAAAUGUGUACAUAAACUAAAAAAAAAGAGCUGAUUCCGGAGAUGGGUUCUACUGUUAUAAUUGGGUACAGUCAUACAGGAGAAGGUGGGAUACAUAAAGUUAUUUAGGUUAUACCUGUAACCAAUGAUAAACCAUUGAUAACAAAAAACGAUUAGGAGUAAAGUUCGGUUAAACAUGUUUUGAAAGGCUGUAAUAUUUAUAAUUUACAUCAAAAUUUGAUUUUAAAACUCUUAUAAAGAAAAAUAUUAUUAAUAUUUGAGUUUUUCGCGGGAUGAUUUUCAGCAAACUUAUCACAGUUGUAGAGAAGAACGACCAAAAAAGAAAACGGUUGUUGGAAGACGUACGUUCGCAAUCGGUGCGGAUCGCCAACAGGUGUGACGCGUUUGUGGACCAUAUACCGGAAGGCGACAAGGACGCGGAUUUCAACGUGACCGUUUUUCGGAACCGAACAGUGGAACAAGUGCUGGCUGAUAACAGUCGUUAUGGGUUUCAUAAUGCUUACAGAGUGUAAGUACAAUAAAAUCUUCAGCAUAUAAGAUUAUAGAAUAUAAAACUAAUCAUAAAAGCAAUAUUACUUACAAAAAAAAAAGACGGGCAUACUUCGCACGUGAGUGCUGUCACUAUUAUAGGUGGGAAGUUGGACAGAUAAGAUACAGACAGGAAUUUAAUUUAUAUCUAACAAUUUUAUAUAAGCAAUAAUUUAUAUAAGCAACUAUAAAUCAUUGCUAACGAAAAAACUAUUCUGAGCUGAGUUCAGUUGAUAGUGUUGCUUUGUCAACAAUACAAUGUAUGGUAUACAUCAUAUUAUGGUAAAAUGAAUAGAAUAAUGUGCGUUUCCAUGACAACACUGAUCGUUUAAAAAAAACUAAAAUAAUAAAUACUUAAUAACGAAAAAUAAAUAAAAACGGUCGCCAACAACCUUAUUUUUAAUCUUUCAAUUUUUUUUAAACUAAAGAUCGAGGUUUUCCUAAUUAUCUCUAAUGUUAAUGAUAAUUUAAAAAAAUGACCUCCCUAAAAUACCAUCCAGAGAACAUUUACUUUCAGAAAAGGUGCUAUACUUCGAUCGAUUUUCAUAGAAGUUACGUCAAAAUAUUCAUCAAGAUCCGCUAAGUGUCAUAUCAUAGGUUACGUUUCAUUUUUUUUUUUUUUUUUAUCACAAUCAUAUUCAAUCUAGAGAAUGUUUAAAGCUUUUGAAAUCUUCGAUCUGACUAGUUGAAGUUGUAAACCUAAUAUGCAAUAGUUUUGGCUGGAUACAAAACAAUAAUGUAUGGGUAUUUUUAAUUUCUAUACAAUCAUUUAACUAAUUAACACGAGUCUGAAAAGAAAAUUAAUUUUUUAAUAAAAACAAAAACGAUUCUGAGCUAAGUUCGUUUAUACAUCGUUUGAAAGGCCGUAAUAUAUUUACGAUUUUCAUCAAAAUUUAUUCUUAAAACCAUAACAAAAAAAAAAUUAUUAAACUACACUUACUUACUUUUUAACUAUUGAGUACAACUUAUAAUAAACCUCCUGUUAAAUGUUCAAGCCUUUUUGUUUAGUCAAACAAUUAUAUCCACAAUCCAUAUAGUAUCUGUUAAAUAAAAACUACGUACAAAAUUCACAAAAUUAAAACUGAAUUACACCAAAAACAAAAUUAAAAAUUAUGAACCCAUUAUUUCCAUAAAUUUCCCCGUUUUUUCUACGUUUUUUUUUUCAGUUUUGAUCUAUUAUUAAGAAUACCUUACAGAUAAUCAAAUAAACGAUAUUCUUACUUACUAGCUAGAUUAAAAAUAAAAAUGAACCAAAAAAGGUCUCUUGCCAGUCGCCAUUUUUCUAUUGGCGCAAUAUAUUUCUAGUAGAAAACAUAAUGUUUAAAAACUCAAAAUAAUGAAAACUAAUAAUGAACAUUAUUAGUUUUCAUUUUUCGACUUUUUUUGAUUAUUCCCAAUUAUCAGGAAAACUACUUGAAAAAUCAAAUACUGACUUUUAUCCAGAGAAACUAAAUUCAAAAUGCAACCAAAGUAGUAUAUUUUCAUUUUUGAUUAUAGCAAGAUUUCUAAGAGAAAAUACAAAUUACAAAAAUGUUAAAUCUUAAAAACUCCUACACUUUUGUCAGGUUUUUUAGGUCAAUUCCUUAAAAAUAAAAAAAUAACUUGCUUCAUCAAUAACUAUUCAAAAUAGAACGAAAAACCUGGCAUUUUUUAAUUAAAAGAAUAUGUAUGGUGCGUAAAAAUUAAAAACAAUGAAAUUGGUAACACCACGACAAACCGUAAAUAUUUUCCAUUUUUCCUAUAUUGUUUUCAAAGAAGUAAUGAUACUGAUGAUGAACGUGUCAUUGUUAUAAGUGAAAAAUUGAGAAUACAGGAUACAUUAAGUUAUUUAAUUUAUAUCUUUAAGGAACAAUAAACCAUUACUAAUAAAAAACUAAAAAUAUAAUUCGGAGCGAAGUUCAGUUUGACAUGUUUUGAAAUGCCGUUAUGUUUACAAUUUUCGUCAAAAUUUGAAAUUAAAAUUCCAAAUUUCAAAAAAAAAUUGCAAAAUUAAAACGUAUAUACAUAGCUCAAAUAAAUGGCUUACAUUUUUUGGGAAGUUUACAUGAAGUAAACUUUUUCUAGAAAAGCUAUAGAAAGUAAAUACAAGUUUUCUGACAAUUUUUUAAAUCUUAAUGAAUAUUUUUAACUGAAUUACAACAAAAAAACAAAAUAUAAAAUAAUGAAAGGAUUAGUUCCUUAAAUUUUCCCGUUUUCUCUACGUAUUUUUAAGUUUUGCUCAAUUAUUAAAAAAAUUAUAAAAAAAAUCAAAAAACAACUUUCUUGAUCACUAACUAGAUUAAAAUUUAACAAAAGAGAUCUUUUGUUAUUUUUUAUUAAAACAAUAUUUCUGACGAAGAUGAAAAGCGUCAAAAUUUUAUAUAACUAAAUCGUAACUUCGUAAACUUAUCAAUUUUCAUUUUACGUUUUUUUGUGCUGUUUUUUCUAAUUGUUUAUAAAUUAAAAGAGAAAAUCAAAAAAGAAUUACUCAUGAACAAGAUUAAGAAUUCAAUAAAAAAGGUCUUUUUUCAUUUCUCUAUGGGAGCAAUAUUUUUUGUAGAAAAUAUCGUUUAAAAAGUUUAAAACAAUUUGACCGAAAAUUUAUCUGUCCAAAAGUCCUAUUUUUAAAACGCAAAAAUCCCACAUUGGAUUGAUGAUUAUUUUUUUGGGGGGAUAUUUUGUCAAACUAUAAAAAAUUUGAGAUCAAUUAGUUAAUUAUCAAGUAAGAUAGAGUGGUUUGGUUAGAAAUGUUUACUUUUUAUUGAAUAAUUUUAAUUUAUAUGCUAAAAAUGUUAAUUAAUUUCUCCAGUCUAAAAAAUUUUAGUUGAAUUUUUUUCUUCAAAAUGCACACUUAUUAUAUUGGCUAAUACAGAAUUUAGACGGGAGGAAUAAGGAAAGAUAAUAAAUUACAAAUCUAUUUUUAAAUUACAAAUUGAUAACUCUUUCCUACUCCUCCGCGAUCUAAAUUUUAAACGAUUAUAUAUUAUAAACAUUAAAUCUGUUAUUAGUGUUAGGCAUAUAAAAUUUUUUAGAAAAAUAGACUCUAUUCGAAUCUGUGUUCAAAAAGAGGGUUUCUAUUUGAAAAACAAAAGUAUACACUUAUUUAACAUAAUGGAGUAGGGGUUAAACAUGUUUAAUGUUUUCGAUAUAAAGUUUAAACAAUUUCAUAAUGAUUAAAACAAAAUUCACUUAAAAUCCUCUAAGAUAAUUACUGGUUCAUGAUAAAAAAAUCACUCUGUAUAAUCUAAAGUCUGUUUCUACUUUCCGCGCUUCUUCAGAUAGUUUACCUAAUAUACAGUAUUUUAAUAUAUAUUUAUUAAAUAUAAAUUAUUAUUUUCUAUGUUUUACAAUUAACCUACCUGUAGGGACUGGUACAAAUCAUAUAAAAUCCAUACCGUGAAUUAACACUUUAUGCACACUAGCAGGCAAGUAAUACUACGGAUACAUGUAGGUACAGUUGCAACUUUACAAACAAGUUUGUUGAUUUUAAAAAAUAUUCUUCAAAAUAUUCAAUAUUUAUUGUAAUAUUGGAUUAGUUUAAAUACUUACUGACGAUUUAACGUCUAUAAUAGGCUAAGAAUGAUUAAAAAUCAUAUAUAGAACAGAUUGUUCACUAUACUCAAAUAUUAAAUUUUAGUGGUCCUUAUCUUUACGUCAAGUGAUAAACUAUUUCUUAUAUCUUAUCUAAUGCAGGUACAUUAAGUUUAAAAUUAAAUCAUACAGGUUUUUAUAAUAAUACAAUAGUCAUAAUAGUUUAGUAAACGGUGGCAUAACUAGGAUCUUGGGGCCCCGAUGAUGAGAUAAGUCUGGGACCCUAAAACUAUUUUUAAGUAUUCGCGAUCAGUUAAUUUUUUUUUAAUACUGAAAAAUUAUCAUUAAACGUGCUACUCAAGUUUUAUUUAUUAUCAGAGGAAUAAUAAUAUAUACUUGUUACGCGGUUAAUUAAUAAUAAUAAACAAUAAACAAAUUACACUAUAUAAAUUAUAAAGAGACAAUUAAAAUCAAAAAUUAAUAAAAAUAUAUAGAUACACAUAAUAUAAAGAAAUCGCUUAAUAAAAUAAUAAUAAUUUUAAAAUUCAAAUUGUAAGUGUUAUUAAAUAUGGUACAUAUAUUUAGUUUUAGUCACAUUAUAUUCAUAUUGGAGCCAGUGGUAAUACAUUAUAGAUUCAAAUAAUGUUAGAUAUAUAGUUCUUAUGACUCUGAAAAGUAAUAUCUCACGUAGUUCUUUCAUUAUAUAAAUCAUCUUCUUUAAUUUAUUUGAGACGGCUGUAAUCUGGUUUAUCCAUUUCGUAUGAUAGCAUAAUUCGAACUUAUAGAUUUUGGUAAUGCUAACGGAAUUACAAUCACAGUAGUUUAUUGUAUUGUAAUAGUUGCUUCAUGGAUUUUUGUAUAAUGUAUGACUAUUGGUGGUAACUGGUUAUGUCUAUUCAGACAGUGUGUGAAAUAAAAUGGUCGAUUUAUUGAAAUUUAGGAAUAGACUAUUAUCGCUUUAUCAAUUAUAAAUACAUUUUAGACCGACCUCGAUAUUUUGAAUUACUUCAUUCCAUGUGCUACCAAUACAGAUUAAGAAAAUAUCGUCUAUUUUCCUCUUUUAACUUAAGUAAUGAAUAUUAAAAAUAAUCAGAGAUAUAAUGUUAUACCUUGUGGUAUACCACAUUUAUUGAUUAUGUUCACUAGAAUAAUAACAUCAUUUAUUUUUACCCUCUGUUUUUUAUUUUCCAAGAGUUUCAUAAUUCAAAAUGCCUAGUAUUGAUUACAUAGGUAAAAAAAAAUAAGUUAGUUUUAAUUUUUGUGUGAGGAACUUAUGAAAGUAUAAAACAGAAUAAAUUUUUGAAAAAUUUAAAAAAACUAAAGCUAUAGUAUAAUAAUAGUUUAAAAAAAACUGUCAUAGGAUAAUGAGGACGGGUUUAGCCAUUGUUGUAGGUGGACAGUUGAGUCGAUAGGAUAUAAACGAAAAUGUUCUAACUAAAAAUCGAAUCUGAGCAAAGUUUGAUUGAUAAUGUUCCUUUUUCAACAAUAUAUACAUAUGUCGCAUAUUAUGGUAAAAUAAUUACAUACAAGUAUGCAUUAAACAUUUACAUUAACAAUUUAUUUAAUAUUGUACCUAUUUUUCCGUUCUCUCGUUUUUUCUCAUUAAUUAGGAAAACUCCUUAGAAUAUCAAAAAAACCCCUAAAGUACCUCCUCAAUCAGAUUUUCCUUUAGAAAAAAUGCUAUUAUUUUAAAUCGAAGCAAAAUUGCUGGUAAAAAAGUUUUCCAUAGAAAAAACUGUAGUGUUUUACCAAUACAUUUCAUACAUUUUCUCGCUCCACUCAGUAUCUAAAAUACGUAUAACAUGAUUAGAGUGAUCUGACAAAAUUUUUUUUUUAAAUUAUUGUUGAAAACUUGAGCUACAUCAUACAUGUAUUCAAAAUUGCAUAAACCUGCGUAAUUUUUACUAAUACAUUUUAAAAGCGGAAAAGUAAUGAAAAAAUUGGGUUUUUCGUGUAAAUGUUGAAUUACUAUACAUAGGAAGGGAAAGAAUAUUUUUUAUCGCAAUUGUUAGACAAUAUAAUAAUAAUGUAAAUUCUAAAGAAGACAAAUUUAAUUAAGAAAAAAAUUAACUAACAUUUCAACGUAAAAAUUUGAAUUCUUCAAUAAAAAUGUAAACAUUUAUAAUCAAACCGCUCUAUCUUACUUGAUAAUCAACUAAUUGAUUUCAAAUUUUAAAUUUAUCCACGUAAUAUUCUCAUAAAAAAUAAUUAUCAAUCAAAUGUAUGAUUUUUUGAGUUUUAAAAUGAGACUUUAGGCCAGAUAAAUGUUGAUUUCAUCCCACUAUGUACCACGGUGCCGUAAAUAUUAAUCGAUUCUAAUUUUUUGGUUUUAUCCCAAUUAAUAUAAAAACUACUUUGGAUAUCAAAAAACGAUUUUCAUUAAAAAUAGCUAAUAGCAAUAUUUCUGGUAGAAAAUAUGUGUUGCAAAAUGAAAAACAAUUAAAUCGGUAACGCUGCAGUUCACCGUAAAUAUUUGCAAUUUUACCUAUAAUUUUCUUUUGUGUUUUUCCCAAUACUUUUGAAAACCCCUUAGAAAAUCUAAAAUGUAUUCCUAAUGCAUCAACUAGAGAAAAUGACCAUUCGGAAAAGGUACGUCUCUCUACAUAUUGGGGAAAUUUUUCUGUAAAAAAAGUUGUUCACAGAUAGAUAAAAAAAUCCACAUAUCAUAGUAAAAUCAACAUAAUAUCCCUCACUACCUUCCGAAUCUAAAGUAUUCAUAUUGUUGUACCUCUUGAAUUAUUUCAACUUUUUAAAAAAAUCCUUAAUUUGAACGAAGAUCUCUCAAUAAUUUAGUUGUCCGCAUAUAAGAAUUUAACUACGUACCAAAUAUUGGUCACAAUUUAUUUCGUAAGGAAUUUGCAAUUUUUCGUAACACUGUUAUUUGUACACAUUUCCUCCCUACGACGAAACCAAUAAAUUCGUUUGUCGCUAUGUCAUCGUACUGCUUAUUUUUAUCUACUCCAUUAUUUCGUUCUGCAAUAGGUACGCAGACAACUUUAGACGGCUGACGGGAGAGAUAACGGCAGCCGCGGAAACUUGUCGAGAGACGCGCGUGCGUCUUGUCUCGGAAUUCCACAGCAAACUGCAACGAUUAAUCGGCGACGGAGUGGAGCAGUCUAGAAAGUCAGAACAGCGUACAAAAAUAUGCUUAAGUGAUGUACUCCAAAAAAAUUAGCGUUCUGACAUUUUAAAAUAUUUUUCAUACGGCUAAACAUACCAUAUUAAUUCCAACUUAUAACUAAUACACUUGCAUAAGUUCAAAUAUUUCAAAUAAAUUAAUUUCAAAAUACUUAUCGACCAUUAUAAUAAUAUACAAAAACCAGUGACGUAACUGGAGCUCAAGCAAAGCCCCCCCCCCCCGUCCGGAUUGGUUUAAAAAUUGAAAUAAAAUUCCAAGGGAUGGAGCGAUCCACCCAUCGCCCUCCCUUCAUUUACACUAUUAGAAUAAGCUCGUGGAAAUUGAAAUUCUGGAACGUUAAUUUUUAGGUUUCUAAUUUGUAUUUUAAUACCUUAAAAUCAUUCCUCAUUUUUUCCAUAUAAUCUUAUUUAUUCUUAGAUAAUAGGUUGAAUUUGAUGUAUUUCAUCAAAUUUCUUUCCAAUAGUAUCAAAUAAUUAUCAUAGCCUUACUAUAAUAAUGUUAUUAUAUAAUAUUAAAAUUAAUUGUCGCUUCGCAGGUGUGUUUCGAAGUAUAUAGAGUACAAAAAUCUAUUAAAAUGCGACGACUCGUUUGGCGGUGUAAAAACGACAUCCAAAAAAGUAGUCAAGGAAUUCAACAACAGGACGCGAACAGUGUGGUUAACACUUAUGAGCCACGAGGAUAUAUUGUCCCAGGAAAUAACAGUCUGUAUUUUAAUAUACAUUAUAUCUAUUAUAUAAGGGGUGAGGGAACAAAGAUAAGAUUGAGAACAUUCGAGAAUAAACAUAAACAUAUUAAGAAAUAGAUUGCGCCUAAAGAGAGAAAACCAGUUUGAUUAUAGAAUAAGAAAGAUAGACUAUACUUUACCCCGAAUAUCGAUUUAAAGUAGCAAUCAAUAAUUAUUCCAAUGAUAGUUUUAUUAAAAUAUAUGCACUCGGAAUUUUCCAGCAAGAGUUUAUUGCUACAAACAUGAAUACUAUAGUGCCUGAAUAUCUCUAGGAAGACUGUUAUUCCCAUCAAUGCCUGUAGAAAGUUUACAUACCCUAGAAAACUUUUGUCAUUAUUAGAAACAUUUUCUUUUUUAUACUUUUCGUCCAUUAUCAAUCCACAAAUUGAAUGUUUAUCAUUUUCGAUUUUGAGUGGAGCGAGGAAUGUAUUGGUUUUACAAUGAUGUUUAUUUUUUUUUUUGUGGACAACUUUUCUACCGGCAAUUUUGUUGAAAGCGCUUUUUCCUGAAAAAAAUCUAACUGGGAAGGUACUUUAGGGAGGUGACUUUUUGCUUUUCCAAUAAAUAGGAAAAACCAGGAAAAUAGAUACAAUAUUAAACUAAUAAUAUUAAAGAAAAUAUAUAAUGCAUAUACAAUUAUUUUACCAUAAUGUAACAUAUAUCAUUGACAAAGCAACACUAUUAACUGAAUUCUGCUCAGAAUUGUUUAUCGUUCAAAAUGAUUAAGUGUUGCGUAUCUACAGAUAUACAUUGAAUUCCCCCUCUACCUUCUCAACUUCUUACUUACAACGGUGGCCCAUAUGUGAAGUAUGUCGGUUUUUUGUUUCAUUUCUUUUGUUUAAUUAAUAACAUUCAGAGAUUUCUUGAUAAAACCAAAUUCACCACCAAUAGAAGUAUAGAUACUAUUUACGAAUUGUACUUUUAUGAGCAAGAGUUUUGUUGAAGGAAUUUCGUACCUUCGUAAUUAAAAGCAGAAGAAGAAAAAUCUAAUGUGAUGCCAAUGCGAAACUAUGCAAAUCUCGGAGAAUAUUGAUGUAUGUCAUGAUAUAAUAUUGUAUUAUGAUUACAUUUUUUUUCAGGAAAUUACUUUUUUUUUGUAAUUUUAUUACUAAUACAAUACUAAUUCCUUUUCGAAAUUGUAACUUAAUUAUUCUUGUGGUUAUUUUUUUUAUUUGGUGUAUUUAAACUAAUAAUCUAUAUAGUUAUCGAAUUUUUAAUAUAAGUUACUGUUUGAAAAUCAAAAGCUGGUCGUUGUUUUCUUUCUAAAAUAAUAUGUGCGUGAAAUGAAUAGGUAUAAUAACAGUUUUUACGGCAGAGUAUUGAUUGGUUUUUCUAAGAUUAGAAUGCGUACCGGAAAAACUUCACACUUUAAACUACUAUGAAAUUAAAUCUCAUAACAUGUCUUAAAAAAGUAAUUCUUAUGAAAAAUUCGGAACGCACUAAAAAUUUAAUCAAUAUUCUGCCGUGAAAACAGUGAUUACACCUGUUCUAAAAAUCUUGUAUUUCGGUGGUCGAUUAAGUGGAGUAGAUAACUUUUGUACAAUUUUUCAUAAAAAUGACUAUUUUAGGAAAUAUUAUGAGAUUUAAUUGCAUAGUAGUUUAAAGCGUGCAGUCCUACCGGAACGCAUUCGAAUUUUAGAAAAACCGAUUAAUACUCUGCCGUGAAUACGUUAUACCAGUUGACCUUGGUGUCCAAUUAUGUAACGAAGGAAAUUUUUAUAAAAUCGUAAUAAAUAUUUAUGCAAUAUAGUUCUGUGGCCAUUUGAAAACAGAAAUAAUAAAAUAUUAUUAGCCGCUAUUAUUACAAUAAGUAAUAGCUAGAAUUUGCUAGCAAUAUUAUUUAAUUUCUAAUGGUAGGUGUAAAUUAGCGCCGGUGAACUGCUUUGUUUAGCUCACACAACGUACAUCCCAUGUCUGUUAUUCAACAUUAGUAAAAAUGUUUGUGAGUUAUCUUUCUCCAUCUGGUGCUCAUAUUACGUUUAAUUAACGUAUACAUGUUGUUGUCAUAUAAAACCGUUCUUAUCAAACUAUUGUUGAACUUAUAUUGCUCAUUUAGUCAUUUCAUGCCCGGAAAAUGAUGACAAAAAAUAACGGUGAUAUAAUUACAUUUUUAGAGCUACCUACUUGUUUCUUUAAUGUCCUAAAAAACAAAUUUCGAAAAAAGUCAAUACUUUCCCAGAUAAUGAGCGUCUCUCUAAAAUUGAUCACUUUGUAUAGGUAGAUAUAUAUCAAUAAUAUUGACAUUAAUUGAUUAUAGAAAAUGAUCGGUGAAUUGCGGGACGUUUUCGAAAAAUAUAUGACCGAGUUUAAACAGUUAGUCGAUAACAGAUUCAUCAUUUUGCAGAGACAACAAAGCAUAUUCCUGCAGUUCAUCUUAGAAUACGCCGUGUCCUCGGCCCAAAGCGAUGAUGUUAGUAAUAUAUAUAACAAUAGGAACUUAAUAUAGGCACUUUACGUACCUAUAUAUUUAUAAUAUAGGUAGAUAUAUAAAACAAAACGAAGUUGUUUUGUUUAUAUAUUUAAUGGUUAUAAUAUAUAUUAUCAGUUGUUACUACGAGACACAUGUGACACAAUAUUAAUCUUAGUCAAAUUGGCAUUCACAUCUAGUUAUUAGGCUUGAUUCAUGUGCACAUUUAAUUAAAUUCAAUUUUAACCAUCAUUUGCCUAUCAAAUAAGUAGAGGGUAGAUUUGUUAUGUAAAACUGUAAUUUUAUUGAAUAUGAUGGAUUCAAAAUUCAAAGUAUCAAGAAUUUAAAAGCUACAUUGUGUUUUGCAUAAUACUGAUAUUUUGAUGUUAAAAGAAUUUAAGCAUCGUAUUUGGAAGAUAUUUUAAGAAAAUAAAGUCUGGGUUCUAGCUGAAACAAAUAUUUUCUAUCAUUUUAUAUUUCAGAUACAUAACAGGUCACAUAAAGUGUCUCAAAUUACUAAUGACAUUUCUGAAUGCAUGGAAUCACAAGCUUUGCAGGUAAACCAUGCAGGAUGUUACAUAAUCAAAAGAGCAUCGAAAUGGCUGACAGACUUGUUUAAAAAUUUGAAGAAGUAAAUUUGUAUAAUAUUUUUUAACCUACUACUAGAAUAAUUUAUGUUUGUCAUUAAUUUUUAAAUAAUUCUUUUAUAACCUUACCUAUCAAUAUUAAGUGAGUAGAAAUAAUAUUAUCAAAUUAUAACUAAUAAAUACAAAUUAUAAUAAUUUUUCAGUGAAGAAAUUCAGAGAAAUCGCAGGAAAAUGUUGGAAAUAGCCACAUUUGUACAUUAUCAAGAAGAAUCCUUCAAAAAAAUACUGUUUUGA